AUCUAAAUCAUAGAUCAAAGCGUGGUAUUUAGUCUUACCUGGCACAAUAAACAAUCAUUUAUCCAGUGUGAAAGAGGAACAGAUGUUCAGUGAUAGCAUAUACUGUUAAUUUUCGCCAUUUUACCGCAUUCUACUCCGAACGAAACCUAUUCCGAAACGCUGAUCGAGCGUGUUAAGAGAAAAACCUUAAAAUUGCACGUUUGUUUAUCGAACUUUUUUUAUAAUAUAUAUUUUCCAUCAUUUCCGUCAUGAUACAGUUCUUAUUUUUUUGAACUAUGCGUUAAUUAUUACUAUUUUAAAUUUUAUCUUUUGUAACAAUGACGAAAGAAAUCAGGAAUUUAUUUCAAUAACUCUGUAAAAUGGUGCUAAGUCGAAAUGAUAAAAGAAAAAGAAAAGAAGGAGAUCUGGUGGAUCUUAUGGAACCAUUAUCAGAAUCUCCAAAAAGAACCAAAAUACAUGCACAAAGAAAAUUUGCACAAGGUGCAACCACAGUUUUUAAUCCUUCACACACUCCAAUUAAGGAUAAAGAGAAAGCCAAACCACCAAUUAUAACAGAAUUAAUAACGCAUAAAAGGCCAAACACAGAGGAUUUUCUGACAUUUUUAUGCUUUAGAGGUACAUCGAUUUUACCUCCAAGCUUAAAUUUCUUCAAUGUUGGUAGCAAAAAAGAAAAACCAGAUGCCAAAACAAUGCGUGUGUCAACAGACAAAGUUACAUCUUCAUCUAGUACAUCCACUGAAAAUCAAAAACCAGAUCCAAGCCAGAAAACUAUUACCAAAAUAAAAUCAAUUAUUACAGAUAAAAAGAAUAAUACACUACAAAAAAAUAUUAAUAAAUUCAAAACCACAACAUCUACUGUCCAAGCACUUAAGAAAAAAUAUCAAGAACAGCGUCUCGCUAAACAAAGAAUAAAAAAUAAAUUUAAAACAUCUUGUGUUAUGAGGACAAGAUCUUGUACAGAAAGAACACUUUUAAAGACUACAAAUAAACUAGCACCCAGAAAAUUUCUGCCAAGGAUUGAAACCAAAAGGCUUGGUUUACGAAGUAGUGUACUUACAGAUAAGGCAAAGAAACCUUCUCCAAAAGCAAAACCUAUACCACUAAAACCAAAGAAAAAAGUUCUUGUAAAACAAAAAAGCAGUGAUACAUCCAAUUCAGAAUCUACAUCUGAAGAAGAGGAAGAACAACCUUCAGAAAAAUCAGUACCACAAGUAAAACGUACAGUACAAAAAACUGUUCAGAAGAAGAUAUGUACAAGAAGCAAAUCUGAAAUGAGAAGAAUCACUCGUUCUCAUAGUGGAACAAUUUCCCCCAAAAAUCUUUGUAGGAGGCCAUCUAGAAAAACUAAAGAAGCAGCAGCAGUAUACAUGGAAAUUCUAGGAAGAAAAUUAGUAAGUCCAGACUUAGAAAAUGAUGAUAAUGUUUCUAUGGAUAGUUUUCCAGAACUGCCAAAUGCACGUAAAAUUGCACAAACAGAAAGUGAAAUUAAAGCCAAAGUGAAACAACCAAUUACAAAAUCAAUUAAUAAAACUAAAGAUGGUAAGAUUACCUCUAUCCAAAGCGCAUCUAAUAAGAGACCAGAUAAAACUAAAACUAGUAAAAUUACUUUCAAGAGUAAACGACUGAUAAGAGUUCAGAAGUAUUGUGAAAUAGAUACUGACGAGGAAUCAGUCAGUUCUAAUGAAACCAGUAACACAAGACCAGUUACAAGACGAAGUUUAGGAAAAUUAAAUAAACCUGUUAGUAGAUUUCUUAGAUCUUCCUCUAAGAGUGUAGUCACGCGAUUGGAAAUUCAAAACAAUGUAAACAUCAAAUCGAAAUCUCAGGUUCAAAAUAAUUUAAGGUUCAAUAAAGAAAAAUUUAUAAUGAAACGUAAACGAGAUCAGAGUUUGAAUAAACCAUGUUCUGAAAAAGGUAGUGGAUCAAAGCAAAAAGGAACAAAAACUAUUGCUAAUGAAAAUACGGAUUCUGAUGAAGAAACUUUAGGCAUGUUACUUAAUAAGUUGAAAAGAAAGAAAGAAAUUCAUGAACAAAAUGAAGAUAAUGGAAAUGAUAAUGACAAUAAUGCAGAUAAAACUGUAAAGUGUACAGAGGAACAUUUGGUAAAGAUUGAUCUUUCAAAAGCAUCAGAUGAUGAGGAAUCUUUCCGGGGGUUUUCAAAGAAAGCAAUAUCAAAAGUAUUGAAUUCCUGUCAAUCGCACGUUAAUGCUAAUCUUCUUGCUUCUGAAAAAUCCACUGGGAAAUUGGAAAUAAUUGAAACAGAAAAAGUGGAAAACGUGGAUACACCCAAGGAAGCAGAAACCAAGGAUAAUUCUAUUAAAGUUAAAACGUCUUUUCCUGUUGUGAGUGUUUUAAGUGACGAAUGUAUUAAAUCUGAAGAAGGUCGAAAAAUGAAAUUAGAAGUAUUCAAUGAAUUAGAAUCGCAAACAACAUUGAUAACCAAUACGGAAAAAGAAUAUGUUCAGAAAACGGAAAUUUCUCCCAGAAACGUCGUAGACAUGCCUCUGUCAACGUUGCACGUGAGAAAAGAAAAGGUAAACAUGUCAACUGAACAAAUUGAAAAAUGGCUGAACGAAAGCUCCCUUGCCAAAGAAGAGAGCAAGUUAGAAAUGGAGAACGUCUCCAUGUUUAAAUAUGAAAUGUGUGAGAAAAAGAGCGACGUCUCACAUUUAUCCAUUUCAACAAAAAUUCAGCAUUUAGUUAGGCCAGUAAAUGUCACACUUUCUAAAUUAGCAGAAAAAGCAAGUGUGAGAGAUCGUUUAGGUGCACAGAAUAAAUACGUACCUGUUACGAUAGUGGAUUCACAAACUGUUGAUACAAAACAACAAAAUGAAUCUACCAGUAUCAACAAAAAUAAUAUAGAUCUAAAAGAAAUUAUCAAAGGAAAAAAUACAAAGCCAAAUAAAGACUCCAGUCCUGGGGAAGACAAUGAUACAGCAUUAAAAUCUGAUCACAGUUCUGCAGAUGGAUCUUCUGAAAAGAAGUUACCACUCGAAAAGAAAUCCAUAUUUCAACCAAGAAAACCAUUUUUACCAAAAGUGAAGGAACGUAAAACAGUAACUCCCAAUGCAAAUGCAUUUUCUCCAGAAAAUGAAAGUAGUGUUUACGCGUUUGAAAGUGAUACUGAAGUUCCUGUUAAUACCCCUUUUAGACGUAAAAUUCGUGAAUUUAAUAAGUCAUCCAAUGCAUCGCUGGAGAAUGACACAAAUAAGAAUGUAGACAAGGCCAACAAAGAUGAUUAUCAAACACCAGAAUCAAAGGAAACUCCUAGCAAUGUACUUCCAAAAACAGAGAAUAGAAUAGUAGAAUCGAAAAAUACAUCAAAUUCAUUAUUAAAUAUUAACAGAUUCGAAUUACCUAAGAAUUUUGCUACAUUAGCUAAUAUACAAGUCUUACCCUUAGAUAAAUUAACAACAACUUGGAGCAAUGUGAACUGCAGUGCUUCAAUAGCUGUUCAAGUAAAUCUUGACGACAAUGCACAACCGCAAGAACAGGCCGGGGAAAAAGAUACAAAUCAACAGAAAAGCACCGAAACAUCUACCCAAACAGAAAGCAGUAACGAAAAUGAUGAUGAAAACGAUGGUCAACUAUUUUAUAUACCUUUGCAAGCAGUUACAAGAAAUGGACCAAACUUAGUUCAAGGGCAACAGUUAAUUCAAGGUGUAGCUGUUAAACUUGGUACUGAAGGACCAAAUGGACCUAAUCAGAAAGUUCUUUUGAGAGCAAAGUUAGUUACUAAACCGCCGUCGUCAAUUGCACGUUGUCCUCCUAUAGGCACAGUGCAACCUACAACUCGUACACCACCAAACUCCACUGUAUUGUCAGCAGACAAUCCUUUACCAUCUACUUCAUCCAGUACAACUUCAAUUAUGCCUGCGCCAAACUCUGAAAUCCAACCAUCUUCCCCAUGUAAAAGUGAAACAACACUUCAGACACCAAAUAGACAGAGCAGUAGAUCCGCAGCAACGGAAAAAUUAACAAAGUCUCCGAAAACUUCUAGAGAAAGAAAAACAUCUAUUGAUUCAAACAAGAAUGGGAAGAGAUGUCAAAUGAAAUCUAAACAGAAAAGUACUGAAAUUUGUUCUCCGACAAACAAUGUAACGUUUCCAAGUGCAAAAACUGAAAAUAAUGAAGCACGUUUAGUUGAAGCGCCAACUUUUCAGCCUAGCGAGAAAGAUUUCCAAGAUCCUUUAGAAUAUAUAGACAAAAUAAGACCAAUUGCAGAGAAGUUUGGAAUAUGUAGAGUUGUACCACCACCUAAUUUUAAGCCGGAAUGUAAAGUAUCAGACGAUAUGCGCUUUACCGCAUACAAUCAGUAUGUACAUCGUAUGCUUCAUAGAUGGGGGCCUAAUGUGAAGGAAAUGAUGGCGAUUAAGAAAUAUUUAGCUACACAGAGCAUAACUUUAACUCAUCCACCUUGGAUUGGUGGAAUGGAAGUUGAUUUACCCCACUUAUAUCAAACAGUUCAAAGUUUAGGCGGAUUAAAAGAAGUCAUUGAGAAAAAAAAGUGGCAAAAAGUAGCUGAUGGUAUGAAAAUACCAAAGUCAGCUCAGGAUCGUGUAACUAAAUUAGAUGAUAUUUAUUGUAAAUAUUUAUUACCGUAUGAUACAUUAUCUCCAGAGGAACGAGGUAAAUUGUUUGGUGAAGUUGAAUCGGAGUGGAUGAAACGAGAAAGCAGAGCAUUGCAAAGACAAAAUGCACCCAUAAAUGAUAAUGAGGAAGAUGAAGAGGACGAUAGCUCUGACGAGUUUGAAGAAUGCAUUGUAAAAGGUAGAAAUAUGCCAUUAAAUGCUUUCUACCGAAUUGCGAGAAAUACGCAACGUAUGUGGUUCGGUGAAAACCAGCGAUCUGGAAACGAAACUGAGGGUGCUUCCGCUGAUGAGGUUGAAAAUGCGUUCUGGAAACAUGUAGCAGAGAGAAAGCGACACGUUUGUGUGCACGCUGCGAGCAUUGAUUCUAGCGGUCGUGGUUUUGGAUUCUCAGUUGCCAAAAAUAGUCCAUUUGCCAGACAUCCGUGGAAUCUUAAAGUACUUACUAAUAAUGCUGGUUCAGUACUAAGAGCUUUAGGUCCAAUAAUGGGCGUGACAGUGCCAACACUUCAUGUUGGUAUGUUAUUUAGUGCUUGUUGUUGGUACCGCGAUCCUCAUGGUCUUCCAUGGAUAGAAUAUUUACAUACAGGAGCUAAGAAAAUCUGGUAUGGUAUACCAGACGAACAUAACAAUAACUUCAGAGAAGCUCUGUCAAAAAUGGUUCCACGUUAUUGUAAAAAUAAAACUAUAUGGUUACCAUCUGAUACAGCAAUGGUUCCUCCAGAAUUGCUGGUUAGUAAUGGAGUAUCGUUGUGUCAGACAGUACAAGAACCAGGCCAAUUUAUAAUUGUAUUCCCCAAAGCUUUUACAUCAAGUAUAUGUACUGGCUAUGUAGUAUCUGAAAGUGUAUACUUUGCACAACUAUCUUGGUUAGAGACUGCUGAACAAGUGUUUAAAGACAUACAAGAUAGCUGUGAACCAUCAAUAUUUUCAUUUGAAAGGUUGCUAUUUAACAUUAUUAAUGACUCUAGAUCCCAUAUAGAUGUGAUGAAACAGAUUUUACCAAGUGUGAUUAAAAUUCGGGAGAAGGAAAUAACUUGCCGACAACAAUUAGAAGCAGUAGGUCUUACAAAUACAGAAAGAUUACCAUUACCGGAUAGUGGAAAACGAAAGAAAGGAAAAAAAGUGAAAGAAGAUGAUGGUGAUUUUGAAUGCGAAACUUGUAGAGCUAAUCUAUUUGUUUCACUAGUUAGUAAUUCACAAGAUGACAGUGUUUAUUGCCUACCACAUGCAUUGCAAUUACUUAAUAAGAAGAAGCAAGCUUUAAAACACUGUACUUUAAUGUACACAUACAACGAGGAUGAAUUGGAUGAUUUAAUUCACAAAUUAGAAGAAAGAAUUGAAGCCAAAUCUAAAAAGACUAAUCAAAUUAAACAAGCUAAAUAACGAGUUUACGGAUCUAUUUAUUAAAUUAUA